AUGUGCCAGCUCUAUGAUGGCUUGUCCACAUUUAGGUUUGAGGGAGAGAGGUCCAGCAACAAAGAUGUUACUCUUUCUCACCUGAUGAAUGAAAACCUUGGAGAAGAUGCAGAGAUGAAGCUUGAAGAUGUGGAGGUGGAGGUAGAUGAAGUUGACAUCCAUACACCAAAGCUGGCAGGAUCACUUAUACAUACUCAGUGUGGUGCAUUGCUCAAAAACCUGAUAGGGGAAGCCGUUGGUCAGAAAACAAUCGGUGCUAGUUGGGGCACUAGCAAGAUAUUCCCAUUUUUACUUGAAAACCACCUGUGCUUCAAGAACUGGCAUUGUGGCGUUCCCCUCCUAAACAAAAAGCUCCCAUCUUCAUGGAGUCCACGCGAAAGUGCAUGCUGCAUAGUGGUGCUCACCCAUGAGCGCCUGGAAAUCAAACUAGAGGUAGUUAAAAUGACGCCGGGUGAGAUGUUGCCAAUUAUUGUCAGCAAAGGAAAUGAGCUCACACCUAGUUGGGCAGAUGAGCAUGAAAGGCAUGAAGUCGUUCAUUAUGCCCCGGAUAGAGAUGGCAACAUCCUUGCCUAUUCUCUCAGAAAGAACGAUGCAGUUAGAAGCACAGCCAAGGUGUCCCGCUUGGAGAAAAGGAAGGUUGCAAGCCCACCUAUUGAGGAGGAUGUGGUCGAGACCCCACCCCAGAAACGACAGAAGUCAGUGACAAAGGGGAAAGGAAGGCGCGAAGACACUCCUCAGGCAAACAUUGUUCAUCAUGCAGGCACUGUUCCAGAGAUUAUGCCGACAGACGACUUGCACUCAGCGAAGGCAAGCAACAACGCCAUCACCACAGCCCAGACCAAGGUGGAACCAGAAAACAUCCCGGAGGCUGCAGCUUUCAAUGGCCUGGAUCUUGCCGACAUCUUAAACGACGAGAUUUUCGUGGAAGCAUCAGGAGACAUGGCAGAUGGUGGCUCAAGGCAUCCGAUGGCCCUGGAUGGCAGUACCGCAGCAGGGGCUCCUCCCAUUCUAAUUAUCCAGCCCACUCCAAGCAGCAGCCCAACAAAGUCACAGUUGACUUCGGAUAGGGCGCCUGUGAGCACGACCCAUCUUCGUGUUUCCAGCGGAGGUUUUGGCAACCUGGGACGGGCACACUCUGAGACUCCCUCCUCCACAGGGAGUAUUGUCGGAGACACAACGAGCUUUAAUUCAGUGCUCAAACGGGCGAGAAACAGUUUGUGGGUGCUGGCGGACAGUGCAGCAGCUAAGCUCCGGACGGAGGCAAUCAACAAGGAUUUGGCCACGAUAGUCAGGACUGACAUCGUUACAUCCUACAUCCAGAGGACGGAGAAGCCACCUCUGACCUUCGACUUCGCCUGCCAUUUCGAGCUUAUCGAUUCCGCCGGAAAUGAACUAGUAAGGCACGGGAUGAGCGAGGACGACGUUGCCUGUAUGGUAAUGCAACUCCUUAAUGAGGUUAAGGUUGACGUCGACUCCGACCCCAGCGGAUUCAUGGCAAAGUGGUUUGACAAGCUCCCUGCCUGA